AUGGCCGCUCAAAUGCCCAUGAUGGGGCCUGGGGGUCAAAUGAGACCCCGCGGCAUGCAGCAGAACCAUGCUCACCAGAUCAUGAUGCAGUUGAUCAUCUCGCAAUCCAGCAGUAUACCGCCCCAACCCUGGCACCCUGCUGUCCCUGCCGCCCAGCGCGUGCAGCACGCCAUGAACUUAUUUUCCAACGCCAUGCUCGCCAUGCCGCAGAACGACCAAAGCACAGCUUUAAAUCAAAUUGCUCACUUCGAGAGAGAUGCAUUCGCCAACUCACCAAGCAAGGAUGUCUACGACCAAAAGGUCACUGGCAAGCUACGCGAACUAUUCCUGAAGCGCCAGGCCAACGAACCCAGCUUGCAGAACAACCUCAACCAGCAACAGCAUAACCAAGCGGCUCAGUUGCAGGCUCAGAUGGGUAUGAUGAACCAGUCCAACAUGCCGCCACAGCAUAUGAGGAUGGGCCAGCCUGGCCAGCAGGGCUUUCAUCAUCUGCAGCAACAGAUGCAGGCCUCGCCUAUCCCACAGCAGCCUCAACAACCCGGCAUGGGGAUGCCCAAUCCGGGGCAGCUCUCCGUGAACCCUAACCAACCGAACAUGCAGCCUCAGAUGCGCCCGCAGCCUGCAAAUUCAAACCAGCUCCCACCCCAAGCCAAGGAGCACGCCCAAAAGCUGGCCACGGGCAAGUGGAACGCCAUGAGCGACGCCGAAAAGGGCAACAUGCGUGCUCAGGCCAGCCAGAGGCUGAAUCCCCAGGCGUUCCAACAGCUCACACAAAGAGGUCUCGACCCUGGCUUGAUCUUCCUUCAACAGAAUUUCGUGCAACAGAUGUUGAUGAAGAUGAACAUGGCUUCCAAUGGGGGGAUGAACCCAGCGGCCAUGCAGAUGCAACCCCAGCAGUCACAACAGCAGCAACCACCGCAACCGCCGCAGCCGCAACAACAGCAACAGCAGCAGCAACAACAGCAACAACAACAGCAGCAGCAGCAGCAGCGAUCAAUGAACGCUGCAGGACAACAGCUAGGUGCCGCUGGUGCGGGUGGUGAUCCCGGGCCAUUCUCCAACGCAGAUCUCAUGAAUCAACAAAAAGCCGGACUCAUGGCACAAGAAGCUGGCCAGAUGGUGGUUCCAGCUAGUGGGGCUGGCAGGAAUCCCACACCGCAACCCGCUGGGAACCAGAAUGGUAACCAACCUGGUCGUCCUCCGAACGCCCAGCAGCAGUUCAGUCUACACCAGGCACAACACCAGAUGGAUCAAGCAGCUGCCAAGACCCAGGCACAGAUCAGGGCCCAAGCUCAAGCCAAACAGAUGCAAGGCCAGCCCGGAGGGUUAGGUGGUCCUGGCGGCAUGUCCCAAAGUCCAGCCAUGAAUACACUCAACGCGCCGAUACGUCCACCGGUGGCCAUGGGGCAGGGCGACCGGCAAGGGCCCAUGAACCAGGUCAACGCACCAUUUGGCCAGUUCAACCAAGGCAACCAGCGACCACCUAUGGGGGGUGCUAUGCCUAGCAGGCAGCAACUACUCGCCGCUAUGGUCGCAACCAUGACUCCAGAGCAACAAGCAAAUCUUCGAAGCCUGCCUCCGGAGAGAGUGAGCGAGAUACUAAACCGGUGGAUGCAGAAUCGGCAGCAGCAACAGCAGGCAGCUCAGGCGGCUCAGGCGGCCCAGGCUCAGGCGCAAAUGGCUGGUCGCCCUCAACCCCAGCCGGGUCAGUUUGGGCAAGGAAAUCCAAUGGGGCCUUUCCCUCAAGGGAACAACAUGGGGCCCCAGGGUAACAACGCGAUGCCCAUGAACCAGCAGAACCCAGCCCUCGUUCAGGCGCAAUUGAACAGAAUGCGGAAUGCCGGAAUGAACCAGUCUAUACCGACCGAUGGUUCGCCGGCUGCUGCCUUUCUGGAUGCACUCGAUGUCCCAGCAAAAGUCCUCGCAAACUUCACGAACGUGAAUAUCCCGCCUACGGUCAGGAAAUGGGGCCAGCUCAAGCAGUGGAUGGCGCAGAGCCAGAUCCCUCCUGCGAUGCAAGGCAGGGUUUUGCAAGUACAAGGGCUGCAGUUCCAGAACAUGAUGCGUCAAAGCCAGCAAGGCCAGGCUGGGCCAGGUGCGCAAAUGACACCAGGCAUAACCCAACCUCCAGGCCCGCAGGGAGGUCCAAUGCCGCCCAAUGCUGCCAUGAACAUGCCCGUCACAGUGACGCCUCAAGAGAUCCAACAUCUUCGAUCUCAAAGCGACAGGUUCCAGAACUGGGAGGACGUGGACAUCAAGAACUACCUCCUCUCGGUGAAGACCAAGUCGGUAAGGAGAGGGAUUCCCUUUGCAAUGCAGGGUCUACCUCCACAGGCAGGGCCACCACAAAUAGCGAACCCUACGCCUGCAACUCAGCCCCCAUCCGGGCCUGUCCCCCCUCAAAGACCACCUACUGCCUCGGCGGAACAACCGGGCAAAUCCCAGAAGUCAGGUCCGGGCAACCGUCAAAUGCCCCAGCAAGCCCAAACUCCGGCGCUGCCUGACAAGUCGAAUCGGAAACGGCCAAGUGCUGACGAGGUCGUGGAAGUGCCGAACCCUUCCAGCACACCAGUCCAGCGACCAGCGUCUCAGCAAGCUCAGGGGUCGGGGAUGCCUCCGACAAUGACGCCAGCGCAGCUUGCCUCCAUGACACCGGAGAAUAGAGCAAAGUAUGAGCAGUUCAUGAAGUCUCGACAAGCUCAGCAGGCACCGCAACCAAGGGCCGAGGAUAUCGAGCGACUAAAGCAGAUUGGCGCCGAGGUUCAACAGCAAUGCGCACAAGAGGCAGCGGAGGACGUCCCGAUGAAUCCUCAGAUGCAUGCCGAAAUAGUUUCACUCCUACAGCGAAUGGUUGCCGAGAUGACCAAGGUUGGCAGGGUACUGGGCCGGUGGUAUAGUCUGACCCACGACGACUCUCGAGCCAAGAUGUAUUUCACAAUGCGAUUACGAUUGUGCAGACAGUUCAAAGACGCGGAGAAAUGCACAGUCCCGAAGGAGAUCUUAUCAGUUGGCCACAAGGAGCUUAACCAGACCAGAGCCUUGAUGGAGAGCAUUGCUAAAGACCUGAGAGCGUCGAUGCCAGCCCAGCAGAAGACACCUGCGCAAGGCACAUCCGAUUCGACUCCAAAACAAUCAACACAGACCUCAACGCCUACGCAGCCAGCUCCUCUCAAUGCAGCGAACCUGGAAAAGCAAAACCAGCUACAUAAGAGGUCUUCAAGCAGCCAGGGACAACCGCCGGCUGCACCGACGGCAUCCCAGCCGCCGUUUCCUAUCCCUUCUGCUCCUUCUCCGCAUGGACUACCAUCCUACAUCGGUGGACCAUCCGUCACACGGGAGAACUUGCAAUUGCCUCCCCGCAAGAAGCAAAAGUCGACGGGACCGAGCGCGUCCCCGCAAGUUGGCAAGCAGGCGUCUCCGAAUCUGCAGAAGCGGCAGCCAUCACUGGACCAAGCCGCCGUCCAAAAGCCUCAAUUUCAUUGUCCGCAGCAAGAUUGCGAUGGCAUCUUCCCCACCGAGGAUCUUCGCCAGGCCCACAAUCAGGAGGAGCAUGUCAAACCUCACGAAGAUCCCAUCAAAUAUGUGUUUGACGCCUUUGCUGGUUCCCUAGGACUCGACGCGGAGGGCAAGCCCAGGCCGGAGAUGGCUGGCGCGGCAGGUGCUUCCCUGGGCGGUACGCCGUCUCGGCAGGGACAAACACCAGCAGCCUCCACUGCACCAAUGUCGCGUGGUCCGUCGAUGAAGAGGCAGGAAAGUGCUGCUGGGCCGGCUGACGCAAGUAAGUCGAAGAUGACGGGCUCGAUCAAGGUGGAGGACGAGACCGCUGCCCAGCGAGGCGCGAUGGAGGGCCAAUUCACCUUUGGCACAAUCGAUCCUCAGGAUCUGUUCCAGAACCUUGGGGCAUUCCAGACGGGUGGAGGCGGCGCCAUCUCGGACAUGAACGUAUAUCGGUCGGUCACACCCAACGAUACACCAGAGUCGAGCAAGGACAGCGCGUCAUCGGAGCCUAACAGUGACGUCUCGGAAGGGGUUACUCUCAACGUGACGCUGGACAUGGGCUUCGAUACUUGGCAACCGUUUGACAGCGACAAGUAUCUCAACAUGAACUCGGAUGUGGAACUAGACAUGCUGGAUACAAGCAACAUGACUGCUGCGGGCGAUCAAGCAUUGGCAGACUUCACGUCUUGGGACGAGGUGAAUACGGACUUCACGAAGCCAUUUUCGUUGGAUACGAGCUUUUACGCUUUCGAUACUUCAUCUUUGUGA